AUGGCGGUGUACUGGUGCACCGAGGUCUUGCCACUGGCUGUGACUGCUCUGCUCCCAGCUCUCCUUUUCCCCCUGUUUGGCAUCAUGCAGUCCAAAGAUGUGUGCAUGCAGUACCUGAAGGACACCAACUUGCUGUUUGUGGGAGGACUGAUGGUCGCUGUAGCCGUGGAACACUGGAAUCUGCACAAGCGCAUCGCCUUGAGGGUGCUGCUCCUCGUUGGUGUUCGUCCAGCGCUUUUGAUGUUGGGUUUCAUGGGUGUGACGGCGUUCUUGUCCAUGUGGAUCAGCAACACGGCUACCACAGCCAUGAUGGUGCCUAUUGUCCAGGCAGUGCUGGAGCAGCUCAACAACACCGAGGCUGAAAUCCCUCAAAUCCUCAGCACGGAUGAGCAGGUCCAGACAUCAGAGCCUGACAGCAAACCUCCUCUGCAGACAGAGAAACAGACUGAGGGACAAGGUGAGGCAGCAGAAAGGCGGAAAAUGUGCAAAGGGAUGACCCUGUGUGUUUGUUACGCUGCCAGCAUCGGGGGCACCGCCACUCUGACAGGAACCGGCCCCAAUCUGGUGCUCAAGGGUCAAAUGAAUCAAUUGUUUCCAGAAAACGGGGACGUGAUUAACUUUGCCUCCUGGUUCGGCUUUGCCUUCCCCAACAUGAUCCUCAUGCUCACGCUGGCCUGGCUUUGGCUGCAGUUUGUCUUCAUGGGAUUCAACUUUAAGAAGACUUGGGGCUGCGGGGCUGUGAAGACAGAGAAGGACAUCGCUGCCUACAAUGUGAUCCGUGAGCAGCACCGUCUGCUGGGGCCGAUGUCCUUCGGAGAGAUCAGCGUCCUGGGUCUCUUCAUUCUGCUGGUGGUGGGGUGGUUUUCGAGGGAUCCCGGAUUUGUCAGCGGAUGGGCCACAGAGCUCUUCAACUCCAAAGCAGAGUAUGUGACAGAUGCAACGGUAGCAAUCUUCGUUGCCGUCCUUCUCUUCGUUCUGCCCUCUAAACCCCCACGUUUCUGUUCAUGGAGGAAUCAAGCACCUCAUCAAAGCGCUGGCCCAACGCCACCUCUCCUCACCUGGAAAGUUGCCCAAAAAAAGUUACCGUGGGGUAUUGUGCUUCUUCUUGGAGGAGGUUUUGCUCUGGCCAAGGGCAGUGAAGUAUCAGGACUGUCAAAGUGGUUGGGAGAUCAGAUGGCUCCCUUGCAAAGCAUCCCUCCCUGGGCAAUUGCUAUCAUCUUAUGCCUACUGAUUGCUACCUUCACAGAGUGCACCAGUAAUGUGGCCACUGCGACGCUCUUCCUCCCUGUCUUAGCCUCAAUGUCUCAGUCUAUCGGAAUCAAUCCUCUGUACGUCAUGGUGCCUUGUACUCUGAGCGCCUCGUUCGCCUUCAUGCUGCCCGUCGCCACCCCUCCCAACGCCAUCGUCUUCUCUUACGGAUACCUCAAGGUUGCUGACAUGGCCAGGACAGGAAUAGUCAUGAACGUCAUCGGCAUCCUUUGCAUCACGCUGGCCAUUAACAGCUGGGGGAAGGCCAUGUUUCACCUGGACUCUUUCCCUACAUGGGCCAACCACACUGGGGUGUGAGUCCUGGUUGUGCACCAGGAGAAGAUCCAUGCACACCCUGCCAUCCCGAUCCACAGGCGCCAGACAAAGGCUGACGGUCAGAGCGACAGCAUGGGACCACACAGCGAACCGUCCGUUUGCUGUCAAGGUCUCAAAAGACUCGUUUUCAUGGACACCUGAGACUUGAUUGUGGAAGAAAGUGGUGAUUAAUAUAAUUGGGACAAAGAGGGGUUAAAUUAUAUAAAAAUCUUUUUUUUUGUGUA